AUGACAGCAGCAGCCAUCGAUCCGCUUGUCCCCAUCGUCUUCGAUGCGACAAAGGCCGAGGAAGUCAUGGACGAAAUAGUUGAGGCCAUCGGUACAGACACGACAAAGUUGAGGAUGACCAUCGAAGUCAUCUACCACAGGGCUAUGCAAAGCGAGCACUGGGCCGACAUGGCCGUGAAACUACUCGCCAUGCUUUCCGAGCGCAUCCCACAAACACUGAGCGACCCAGACAUAGCCCUUGACAAGAACGGCGUCGCAUUCGUCGGCCCACGCCUCGUCCGGCGCUACCUCUUCACCCGCAUCCAAUCCGACUUCGAUGCCGACAUCCAGAAACCAAGCUGGAGCGUGCCACUAGUACAUUUUCUCUACGGCCUGUCCAGAACAAUGACUCAAUCCCUACGCAUGUCGUACCGAGUUCAGACGCAAAUCAUUUCCAAGAUGGCCAAGUCAGACCACCUGUUUGUGGAAACCAACAUGGAGUUGUUUCUUCUCUUCGUCUCCUGGCUCGGCCCGAACUUGGAUAAGGAACAAGACAAGGAUGCGAUUUUAACGGAUGUAUUGCUGGGAGUGCGCGAGCGGGCGGAUCUGGAGUCAACUUUGAUGAGGCUUGCGGUGGUGGGACUUGUGCGUUUGCGGGAAGACGGGUGGCCAAGUGAGGAUUUGUGA